AUGCACGAGUGCGCUAAAUCACGAGCGGUCAUCUACGCGAAUCUCGCCGCGUGCCAUCUGAAGCUGGAAGACAAUGCUGGCGCCGUGAAGGCAUGCAACGAAGCUUUGCUCGACGAUCCCGCGUACAUCAAGGCCCUCCAUCGACGUGCUCAGGCAAAUGAAACCAUCGGCAACUGGUCUUCCCUCAGCUCCGCAUUGGAUGAUUACAAGACUCUUUCGCAGAUGCACGAGACGCCCGCUUCUUUGCGCGCGACGCUGCGCACAAAGCUGCAAACGCUUCCGCCGCGAAUUGAGGAAGUGGGCAAGAAGGAAAAGGAGGAGAUGAUGCAAAAGCUAAAAGGUGUAGGUGAUAGCGUGCUCGGCUGGUUUGGACUCUCGACGGACAAUUUCAAAAUCACGCAACAAGAGGGCGGUGGAUCUAGUAUACAGUUCGUACCUAAUCAAGGCACUAAGAAAUGA